GGGGAAUUAUGAGACUGUAGGAAAGUCACCUCUAAGUGGUGUGGAGCCAGUUCUUACCAGCUGAGGAAAUCUAGUUAUUGUCUUCUCUUCCCAACCCCAUAAGUGAUCUCAUGCUUGUAGCUUGAAAUUGGCCAUGAUAGGAAUAUUUACAGGAAGCCAAACAAUACAAAUCAGUCCCUCCCCGCAAACUGGUUUUACACAUUUACCAAUAAUACUACUGAUGUAGGUGGUAGAAACCGGGAGAGUGAAUUCUCUCCCAUUGUAGCCCAAUGGCCUGGUUCAAGAAAGGCCUCAAGGGCUUCACAGACACUAACUACAUUGUUUACGGCUCCGGAAUGCUGAGGGCUCAGGGUUUUGUACUUCUGGAGAGAGGCCGAUUUGGAGAAAUGUUGAGCGACGAGUGACAAGCUACGGAUCACUUAGGUCUCGACUGGUAAGAUAAAAUGAGAAAGGCGCGGAACGAAAGGGCUCCCUUCCCUGGCUUCUCUAGUUUAGCCGAUUCCGGCCACGCUGGGUGGAGUGGAGAAGAAAGAGGUGCCUCUCAGAGAUGGACCACUGGCGGUCCUCUGGGUGGUGGCGUCGGCACUUUGCUGCAGUCCUUCCCCCGCUCCGCCGUUAGGAGGCGCUCUUGCGCGGCCUCCAGACCCACGACCCCGGUGCCGGCGACGCUCUAGUCGCCGUUUCUCUAAGGCAGGCGGGCCGGCUCGUGGCUGCAAAAAAAGCCUUGCCUUGCAGCGCGCAGCCCUUCGGCGCUGGUCAUGGCGCGGCUCCCGAAGCUGGCGGUCUUCGAUCUGGAUUACACGCUCUGGCCGUUCUGGGUGGACACGCACGUAGACCCCCCGUUCCACAAGGGCAGCGACGGGGCCGUCCGGGAUAGGCGGGGCCAGGCCGUCCGACUGUAUCCUGAGGUGCGCGACGUCCUGGAACGCUUGCAGAGCCUUGAGGUCCCCGUCGCGGCCGCUUCACGAACAGGGGAGAUUGAAGGGGCCAAUCAGCUACUGGAGCUCUUUGACCUUGACAGAUACUUUGUUCAUCGGGAAAUCUACCCAGGCAGCAAGGUCACCCACUUUGAGAGGUUGCGGCAAAAGACUGGAGUUGUUUUCUCCGAGAUGAUCUUCUUCGAUGACGAGAAGCGGAAUAUCCUAGACGUCAGCAAACUGGGUACAGAGCGGAGUUACCUGCAUCCAUGUCCAGAAUGGAAUGAAUCUCCAAACCCUAACUCAAGGCCUGGAGACAUUUGCAAAGGCCCACGCUGGGCCCUGAGGUCCGGGCCUGUGGAUGAGCCUCAUUUGAAGCAUAAAACUGAAAGGAAGUCACGAAGGCAUUUUCAGGUGUAUUUGUAAAUUAUUAAAAUGUGUUUGUGUGUUACAGAAGAGA